AGACCACAGAGAGGACUACUACUACUGAUAUUAGUACUAGCACUGCUGAUACUGCAGUACUGUCAGUAAUAAUCCUGCAGUGGAAGCUGAAGAGUUGGAGCCAACACAAACAUCUGCUGCUGCUGUGGAGUGAGAGAAGAAGAAGAAGAAUGAAGUGGCUCGCUGGGACUCUUCUACUCUUCGGCUGCCUGCUGCCACCCGUCUGCAGCGUCUCGCCUCCUCCUCCUCAACCUACAGAUGAAUGUCCCAUCAUGUCCAUUCGUCUGAGGACCUUCCGGCUCCGGCCUACCUGUAAUGGGACGACUCUGAAGGAGAAGCAACUGAAGGAGAUCCAGGCUCCAACCACCAACCUGUACCUGCCCAUCCUCUACCUUCUCGCCUUUGUGGUCGGUCUGCCCUCCAAUCUGCUGGCUCUCUGGGUUCUGGUGUUCCGGACCAAACCCCUGCCGUCCAUCGCGCUGCUCAUCAAUCUGACGGUGGUCGACUGCCUGCUGCUGAUGGCGCUGCCAUUUCGGAUCGUCUACCACUUCAAGGGGAACCACUGGGAGCUCGGCGAGCCCUUCUGCCGCCUCGUUAUGGCGAUCUUUUAUGGCAACAUGUACGGCUCUAUGUGGUGUCUGGCCUUUGUGGCUCUGGACCGAUACAUUGCUUUGGUCCACCCGUUUAGUGCCAGAACUCUGCGCAGCCAGUGGGUAUCUCUGGGCAUGUCAGCGGUGGUGUGGACGGUGGUACUAGCCGCCAUGCUGCCGCUGCUUGUGUCACAGCAGACCUACAAUGUGAGCACACUGCAGAUCACCACCUGCCAUGACGCGCUCCCAGAGAAAGAGCAGGAGAACUACUUCCUGCCAUAUUUUGCCACCCUGUUUGCCAUUUGCUUCCUGCUGCCCUUCGCCAUCGUCCUGUACUGCCACAGCGCCGUGCUGCGCACGCUGCUGGCUGAGAGGAAACGCUACAUUCACGCUAUCCGGGUGACGGUGCUGGUGCUGCUGGUCUUCAUAGUGUGUCUGCUGCCUAGCAACAUCCUCCUCCUCCUCACCUACGCUGACGGCUCGCUGGACGGCGACAGCGAGGACCUCUAUGUGCCCUACAUGGUGAGCUUGGCGGUGAGCACCUUCAACAGCUGCAUCGACCCCUUCAUCUUCUACUACGUGUCCACAGAGUUCAGGCACAAGGCCAAGAGCGCAGUGUGCUGCCACAGUGGCUCUGGGGAUAAAACAUACUCUGUGGGAAACAUCGUGCCAGCUUCAUCAUCGGGCCCAAGGUCAAAGGUCACCCUGCUGUCCAUGUCCAUCCAGCAGGGGACAUCUGAGAUGCCGUGCAGCUCUCAAAAGGACAAAGUAACGGUCACCUGACGGCUGGCCCAGCAAAAAUGUUGGAGUGCUCCUUUAAACAGAGAGCUGCUGAUAUGAAGGCUGUAUUGAUCUCAGAUGUCCUGUUGCUGAUGUCACAAGUUUCUUUAGAUUUGAACCAACAUAAAGAAAAUGUGACGCUUCAGUGUGACCCCCCCUCAUGCAGACGCUUCAGUCAUUCGUUGGUACUCAUGAUGUCAUUCUUCUGACUCGUCCCUCUACCUGCAUAAACACACUCACCUGUUCCUAAUGAUGGCAACAGGAAAGGAGGCACAAAUUAAAUUAUAAGUACUUUCAAAUAGUAAUUUUGGGGUAUUUUAGAGUGUAUUCCUCAUUAUUUUAUAAAUAAAUAUAAAUCAGUUAUUGCGUUUAAAGGUGGGGAUAUUUUCCAGAGGGAGGGGCUUUGGUGUGAAACCUGAAUGAAAAGGU